AUGAACACCACCGCUUCACCAACCCGCAGGCGCUCGGCCACUGGUUCUUCUACUGCCGGCUACAAGCCUCUCUACGACGAGGAGCGUCUGCAGUGGGAGGCCUCCUCUGGCUUGUCGACAUGGCCAAAGAAGCUGAGGCUGCCCAGGCCCAGGCUGAGGAAAGGCACUGUGAUCUUGCUUCUCAUCGACGCGAUCAUCAUCGGAUUGGUCGUCUGCGCCUUUGAGCCGCUCAUUACUCUGUUGCGCAGGAACGAGGAGCUGUUCAGCCCGCGUCUCGCCCUCCCUCACAAUGCGACAGUCAACACAGAUCCCCACGGCGACCGUCCACACACGAUACCCCGAAUUCUGCACCAAACCAGCGCCACGGCCACGAUACCAGACAGGUGGAUUCCCGCGUGGCAGAGCUGCAGGGAGGUGUAUGCUGAAUUUGAAUAUAAACACUGGACCGACGAGCUGGCUCGCAACUUCAUCCAGGCCGAGUACCCCUGGUUUUUGGACACCUGGGACAACUAUCCAUUCCCUAUUCAACGCGCAGAUGCCAUUCGCUACUUUGUACUCCAUCAUUAUGGCGGCAUAUAUCUCGACAUGGAUACAAUAUGUAAUGAGACCAUUCCUCUACACCUAAUUGAAGCCGAUGGAACGCCACACCACGCUGUGUUCAAGUCAACAACGCCCACCGGUGUGUCCAACGAUCUUCUGAUCACGUCCUCGCACCACCCUCUAUUUGCGGCUGCUAUCGCGAAACUGCUGUACUUCAACGAUAUCACGCACUUCUGGGCCCGCAUCCAGCCCCAUGUUGCUGUCAUGAUGUCUGCUGGACCACUAUUCUUGACCCUUACGAUCAAGAACUACCUGCUUGAGCAGCCAUCGCUGCCCUCGUCAACCGUCUCGGUAGUCAACGCAACCGAACUGGCGCCCUACAUCACCGACCUUGAGGACUGCUCAUGGCAUAAAGGAGACACCAAGACGUUGAUGUGGAUAGGAGACCGGCCAUGGGUCUGGUACCUCCUAGGGGCGAUCGGGCUGGUGAUCGGUGUGUACAUCCUGAACCACCUUCUGAUGAAGGCGUUCAAGGGCAUGAGCAAGCUACUUUCUAUCACCGACUUCAAGGUAGCGAAGUUAAUAUAG